AUGGCCACUGGGACCAUGAGAUUUAGUGGCAGCAUAAAGCUGAGGAUAGGGGAGGCUGUGGGGUUACAACCCACCCGCUGGUCGCUCAGACACUCAGUGUUUAAGAAAGGACUUUUUCUACUGGACCCCUAUAUGACCAUUAAUGUGGAUGAGUGUCGUGUGGGUCAGACCACCACCAAGCACCGGACCAACAAGCCCACAUACAACGAGGAGUUUUGUCUUACUGUAACGGAGGGCAUCAAGAUGGAACUAGCUGUCUUCCACAGCACCACUAUUGGGUAUGAUGACUUUGUGGCCAACUGCACGCUCAGUUUCCAGGAGCUUCUCAAAAGCUGUGGGCAGGCGGACUCUUUUGAAGGCUGGGUGGAUUUGGAGCCAGACGGCAAAGUGUUUGUAGUGGUGACUCUCAUGGGCAGCUUUAUAGAAGGAGGAACCUUGCCAGAUGGGAGGCUCCUGAAACGUUUUACAAGGAAGCGCCAAGGAGCCAUGAGACGCAGAGUUCACCAGGUCAAUGGGCACAAGUUCAUGGCGACGUAUCUGCGCCAGCCCACAUACUGCUCUCACUGCAGAGAGUUCAUCUGGGGCGUCUUUGGGAAACAAGGAUACCAGUGUCAAGUGUGCACGUGCGUGGUGCAUAAGCGCUGCCACCAGCUGAUCGUAACGGCCUACACUUGCAUGAACAAUGCCAAGGUGGAGAAACAGAUUUAUGAACAGAGGUUCGGGAUCAAUUUACCGCACAAGUUCCGAGAUCACAAUUACAAAGUGCCGACAUUUUGUGAUCACUGUGGAUCUCUGCUCUGGGGGCUCGUGAAGCAAGGACUUCAGUGUAAAAUAUGCAAAAUGAAUGUGCAUAAACGCUGUCAAGGAAAUGUGGCACUACAUUGCGGAGUGAAUUCCAUAGAACUGGCAAAAACCUUAGCAGGGAUGGGCUUGCAACCCUCAAACAUUCCAUUCAAAACGGAUUCUGUGUCGAGGAGCAUGGGAUCCGAUAACCUCAGCUACGAAGAAAACCACUCUCAGUCCAAGUUCGGGAUUGAUGAUUUCUCAUUUAUUCGUGUCCUAGGAAAAGGCAGUUUUGAGGUCCUGCUCGCCAAAGCCAAGGAGUCUGACAUUCUGUACGCAGUGAAAGUUCUGAAAAAGGACGUCAUCUUACAGGAUGAUGAUGUGGAAUGUACAAUGACGGAGAAACGUAUCCUCUCUAUGGCUUCCAAACACCCCUUCCUCACCCAGCUGUUCUGUUGUUUCCAGGCACAGGACAGACUAUUCUUUGUCAUGGAAUUUGUUAAUGGCGGAGACCUCAUGUUCCACAUCCAGAAGUCUCGGCGGUUUGAGGAAGCGCGUGCCUGCUUCUACAGCGCUGAGAUUACGUCUGCACUCAUGUUUCUUCACGAUAACGGAGUCAUUUACAGGGAUCUAAAGCUAGACAAUGUGCUAUUGGACCAUGAAGGGCACUGCAAGCUAGCGGACUUUGGCAUGUGCAAAGAGGGAAUCCGUGAGGGCUGCACAACAUCUACUUUCUGCGGUACCCCUGAUUACAUCGCACCAGAGAUAUUGCAGGAGAUGCAGUAUGGACCUCUUGUAGACUGGUGGGCGAUGGGAGUGCUUCUUUACGAGAUGCUGUGUGGCCACGCCCCCUUUGAAGCAGAAAACGAGGAUGACCUCUUUGAAGCCAUUUUGAACGAUGAAGUUGCCUAUCCGUCAUGGCUCCAGCAAGAUGCUGUUGCGAUUCUACAAGGUUUUAUGAAGAAGAAGCCGAGCAAGCGUUUGGGCAGCCUGGCCCUGGGGGGCGAGAAAGCCAUUUUGUGGCACCCGUUUUUUAAAGAUAUUAACUGGGAUCAGCUGAACAAGAAAGAGAUUCCCCCUCCCUUCACUCCCAGGAUAAAAUCUAGAGAGGACGUCAGUAAUUUCGACCCCGAGUUCAUAAAAGAAGAAGCCACAUUAACUCCCAUUGAUGAAAGACUCCUUCCUAUGAUCAGCCAGGACGAGUUCAGAAACUUUUCGUACAUUGCUCCUGAGCUCCAAAACAUCAUUAGGGACAGAGAGUCCAGAACUCAGCAAUAAUACAACAUUAAUUAUCUGGAGAUUUCAUAGUCCCGCAAAACCGGAUUUCAGAUACUCCCAGGAGAAAGAAAGCAUUAGCUUGACUAUGCACAGACGAUUAAAUAUUAAUAGCUGUGGUCCAGCACAUCUGAAAUCGGAAGAUUUCCAGCACUGAAUGAUGCUAAAUGAUAUGUAGCAUCUGAAGAGACAACCACUGCACUUCUGCUAUGAUAAAGCAUAUUUAAUGUUUUC